CACUUCCGGGCGGUGCAGCAGCGGCCGCUCGGAAGAUGGCUGCGCCCUGUGGCUCGGAGCUGCCCACUGACUCGCCGCUGAAGAUCCCGAAGAUGGAGGUGAUGUCCCCGGCCUCUCCGGGCGGAAUGAGCGAUGGGAACCCAUCUCUAUCCGACCCUUCCACUCCCAGCGGUGCCUCUCCGCUCGGACCCGGCAGCGCGGUUGGCUCGGGAGCAGCGACGGCGGGGGCUGGGGGACUGGGGCUGGGGGCCCGCAGCGCCGCCUCAUCCUCCGUCUCCUUUUCCCCCGGCGGCGGUGGCGGGGCCGCCGCCGCUGCCGCCGCUGCCUGCCGGGGCAUGUCGUGGACCCCGGCCGAGACCAACGCGCUGAUAGCUGUGUGGGGCAACGAGCGGCUGGUGGAGGCGCGGUACCAGCAGCUGGAGGGAGCCGGCACGGUGUUCGGCAGCAAGGCCCCUGGGCCAGCCAUGUACGAGCGCGUGUCCCGGGCCCUGGCCGAGCUGGGCUACGAGCGGACCCCGUCCCAGUGCCGGGAGCGCAUCAAGACCCUUCGCAGGUGUUACAGUCGGGUGAAAGAACAUGGUGUUGGGAAAAGAAAGAGCAGUUACACAUUUGAACAGUUGGAACAGGUGUUUGGUCAGGGAGGAUGGGAUGCUCAGCCCUGCCAGCCUGUACUUAUUAACAGUAGUGGCUUGUACCAGGAGCUGGAGUCAGAUGGCAGCACUAUGGAGGAUUAUUCACAGGAGGACUGGGGAAACCACAGUCAGGAUCUACAUGGCUAUCCAACAGAUCAGGAAUUGGAUGAAAUGCCUGUCACAAAGAGAACAUUAAAAAUAAAACAAGAGUCUUCUGAAGAAGCACAGAAGCGUGACAUUAUGCAAAAUAUUGUGCAGAUUUUGGAAUCAGUACAGUUAAAAUGGGAACUGUUUCAGAGCUGGACAGACUUUUCCAGGCUCCAUCUUUCUAACAAACUCGCCAUUUUUGGCAUUGGCUACAACACUCGUUGGAAAGAGGAUAUCCGUUACCACUAUGCUGAAAUCAGCUCCCAGGUGCCUCUUGGCAAGCGUCUUCGGGAGUACUUCAAUUCAGAGAAACCUGAAGGCCGGAUCAUUAUGACACGAGUACAGAAAAUGAACUGGAAAAAUGUUUAUUAUAAAUUCUUAGAAAUCACAAUUAGUGAAGCCAGAUGCCUAGAGUUGCACAUGGAGAUUGACUGGAUACCUAUUGCCCACUCCAAGCCAACUGGUGGGAACGUUGUUCAAUAUUUAUUGCCAGGGGGCAUUCCCAAAAGCCCAGGCCUUUAUGCUAUUGGCUAUGAAGAAUGUAUUGAAAGGGCACUUUCACCACACUUGGAACGCCGUACCCAGGACAUAGGAAAGGAAGCCCGAGGAGACACAGAGACUCUUUCAUCACAGGCCUCUUUACAGGUGGACAUGGAGUCCACCCGCAUUAUCUAUUGCUACCUUGGGAUUGCUGAGGUUCGGACUCUGCAGCAAUGUUUGUUUUUACAUUUCCAAGCAAACACCAAAACCUUCAGUAAAGAUUGGGUUGGUAUCAAUGGUUUUUUGUCUCAGAACUGCAUUGUAGAACCUGGUGUGUCCCCUAAGUCCAUCUAUAUCAAAUUUGUGGAAGUAGAAAGGGACUUUCUUUCCGCUGGCUCUUUAGUGGAGUGCCUGGAAAAAGCCAUUGGAUACCCCUUAAAAUUUAACAACUGAUUUCCAUCCUUCAUAAGGAUUUGGGUUUUUGUCUCCCUUUCCUCCCCUUAUCUGCCUCUCCCAUAUACCCACUGCCAUCGGACUCUUCAUGGAAAUUGUCUUUCCACAGUUGGGCCAGUACAACUUUAAAGGAAUCAAAGUAGACUUCAAGAAAGAAGCAACAAAACCACUCCUGAAAAAUGCUUAUUCUGAGCAAACGAGACACAAUGGACUUGCAGGGUGGGUCAGCUGGUUUUGUUUUUUUGUUUGUUUGUUUUUUUAAAACAAAAAUUUUUUAAAUAUGGAUUUUAGAGCCCUGAUAUAAACAACUGUAGGUACAUUCCACAUUGGACUGAACUUAUACUUUUGAGUUUCAUAUGAAAUUGAAAAACUGUAUUUUUUUCACAAUGUUUCAUUUUUACACAUCUCUCUAUGUCUCUAUAUAAGUGUUAUUUACAGCCCUGAAUAAAUAAGCAAUAGAUAAUGGCAAGUUAAA